CGCCUAAAAGGCUAAAACCCUAACACUUGAGAGCGGAGAGGAACCUUGGAAAAAGAAAGGCUUGAUUUCCUCCUCCGUUCCCGUUGGCUCUUUCGACAAUGAGGAAGAAGGUGGACGACCGCAUCCGAACCCUAAUCGAGAAUGGCGUCAAGCUCAGGCAUCGAUCCAUGUUCGUCAUCGUUGGCGACAAGUCUCGAGACCAGAUUGUGAAUCUCCAUUACAUGCUGAGCAAGGCGGUUGUGAAAUCCCGGCCAACUGUACUGUGGUGCUAUAAGGAGAAGCUUGAGCUCAGCAGUCACCGGAAAAAACGUGCAAAGCAAAUAAAGAAGUUGAUGCAGAGGGGUUUGCUGGAUCCUGAGAAAGUGGAUCCUUUUACACUUUUUGUUGAAAGUGGAAAUAUAACAUAUUGCUUGUAUAAAGAUUCAGAAAGAAUUCUUGGAAAUACAUUUGGUAUGUGCAUAUUACAGGAUUUUGAGGCAUUGACACCUAAUCUCCUAGCAAGAACCAUGGAGACGGUAGAGGGUGGUGGACUCAUAAUCUUGUUGCUACGUUCCCUUUCCUCUCUUACCAGUCUCUACACUAUGGUUAUGGAUGUGCACGAAAGGUUUCGAACAGAGUCUCAUUCUCAUGCUGCUGCACGAUUCAAUGAAAGGUUCUUGCUGUCUAUUGGGUCAUGUAAAGCCUGCGUUGUAAUGGAUGAUGAGCUUAACAUUUUACCGAUAUCAUCACAUAUAAGAUCAAUCCAAUCUGUAUCAGUAAUGGAGGACACAGAGGGGCUAUCAGAAAGGGAGCGGGAGUUGAAGGCUCUGAAAGAACAGUUUCAUGAUGAUUUUCCUGUCGGUCCUUUGAUCGGGAAAUGUUGUACAAUGGACCAGGGAAAAGCUGUCAUUACAUUUCUUGAUGCAAUUCUGGACAAGGCACUUCGAAGCACUGUUGCUCUAAUUGCUGCUCGUGGGCGAGGAAAAUCGGCUGCUUUAGGUCUUGCUGUUGCAGGGGCUGUUGCUGCUGGGUAUUCAAAUAUUUUUGUCACUGCACCCAGUCCAGAGAACCUUAAGACUUUAUUUGAGUUUGUUUGCAAAGGAAUUAAUGCGUUGGAAUAUAAGGAGCAUUUACAUUAUGAUGUGGUGAAGAGUGCUGACCCAGAUUUGAAGAAAGCGACAGUUCAGAUAAAUGUCUACAAGCAGCAUCGCCAGACAAUUAAGUAUCUAAAGCCACAUGACCAUGGAAAGCUUUCUCAAGUCGAGCUCCUGGUUAUUGAUGAAGCUGCGGCUAUUCCAUUACCCAUUGUGAAAUCGUUGCUUGGACCUUAUUUGGUCUUCCUGUCAUCCACCGUCAACGGCUAUGAAGGCACUGGACGUUCGUUAUCCUUGAAGCUCCUCCAGCAAUUAGAAUCACAAAGCCAGAUGCCUACUCAGAAUGUUGAAGGUUCUCAUUCUGGUAAGAGUAGGUUUUUCAAGAAGAUUGAAUUGAAUGAGUCUAUCAGAUAUGCAUCUGGUGAUCCAAUUGAGUCUUGGCUUAAUGGUUUACUUUGCUUGGAUGUUGCAAGUUAUAUUCCAAAUAUUACUAGGCUACCGCACCCUAGCGAAUGUGAUCUUUAUUAUGUUAAUCGAGACACACUUUUUUCAUAUCACAAAGAGAGUGAGACAUUUUUACAGCGGAUGAUGGCCCUUUAUGUUGCCUCCCACUACAAAAAUUCCCCGAAUGACUUACAACUGAUGGCUGAUGCACCAUCACAUCACUUGUUUGUGUUGCUUGGCCCUGUUGACGAGUCAAAAAAUCAGCUUCCAGAUAUUUUGUGUGUCAUUCAGGUUUGUCUUGAAGGACAAAUAUCACGGAAAUCUGCGAUUAAAAGUUUAAGCGAGGGCCAUCAACCAUUUGGUGAUCAGAUCCCUUGGAAAUUUUGUGAGCAAUUCCAAGACAAUGUAUUUCCAACUCUUUCAGGAGCUCGAAUAGUGCGCAUUGCCGUCCACCCAAGUGCAUUGAGGCUUGGAUAUGGCUCAACUGCAGUGGAGCUUCUGACAAGGUAUUAUGAAGGUCAACUGACAGCUUUUGCAGAGAUAGAUGCUGAGGAAAUAGAGGAGCCAAUGGUCAAAGUUACUGAAGCUGCAGAAAAGGCUUCCUUGUUAGAAGAAAAUAUAAAGCCCAGAGCAAACCUGCCUCCUCUUCUUGUGCAUCUUCGUGAGCGACACCCUGAAAAGCUCCACUACCUUGGUGUCUCUUUUGGGCUAACCCGGGAUCUUUUUCGCUUUUGGAGGAAGCACAACUUUUAUCCAUUUUAUAUUGGCCAUAUUCCAAGUGCUGUGACCGGUGAACAUACUUGCAUGAUCUUGAAGUCAUUAAACAAUGAUGAGAUUGAAGUUGGUGAAUCAGGUCAAAGUGGUUUUCUUGCACCAUUUUAUCAAGAUUUCGGACAAAGGUUCAUGCGACUUCUAGGUUCCACCUUCCAUGCACUUGAUUAUAAGCUUGCAAUGAGCGUUUUGGCAUCAAAGAUAAAUUUUACGGAGCAGGAACCCACCACCAAUGGUACUUUGAAGCCAGUGGGUGACCUACUGUCCCCAUAUGAUAUGAAGCGACUAGAAGCAUAUACAAACAAUCGUGUUGAUUACCAUAUGAUUUUAGACCUUGUGCCUAUCCUUGCACAUCAGUAUUUCCAACAAAAGCUUCCAGUUACAUUAUCUCCCGUUCAAGCUUCUGUAUUAUUCUGCAUGGGUUUGCAGAACCAUGACAUUACAUAUAUAAAGGAAGAAAUGAAGUUAGAACGAGAACAGAUACUAUCAUUGUUCAUUAAGGUGAUGAAAAAGUUAUAUGACCAUCUAUAUGGCAUUGCAGCGAAGGAGAUUGAUGCAACUCUACCUCGGCUGAAGGAAGUUGAAAUGGCCCCUCACAGCAUUUCGGUUGAUGAAGAUCUUAAUGAGGCAGCCAGAGAAGUUAUAGAAAAAAUGAAAGCUGGGAAUGAAGGUAUAUUGGACCCAGAGCACCUGCAGCAAUAUGCCAUCGUAGAUAAAGAAGGUGAUUUUGAGAAAGCCCUCCAAAACGGAGGGGGGAAGUUGUCAGCAAGUGGACUACUAAGCGUGAAAUCCAAUAAGGUUAAGAUGGAGAAGCAAGGAAAGUACAAUGAAAUGACUAAGGGCAAAAGGAAGGGAAAGGAUGGUGACAGGUUGAGAUCAAACAAAAAGAAGAAAUCCUAGUAAUGUGGUUAGCAAACUGUCAGGCAUUGCUUAUAUUGCAAAAGAUAUAUCUUGACCAGAAGGGCAUGUAUACGAAGUGGCAGCAAUUAAUUUUGUAUUAUAUUUCCAUUUUUAUUUUGAACUCUUUGCAUUUUUCUUUUGGUAGAGUGUGAGAAGAUAUGAUCAGAGCGGCAGAAGCAGGAAAUUAAAAAUGUCCUAGUUUUUUAAUAUAAUUUGGUCCAUUCUAUGUAUGAGAAGAUACGAUCAUACAUAGAAUUAAUCUUGGUGUUGUAAACAUGUGUAACAGUUAAAUCUUGGAUUGGAUCUGCUGUGCUAUCAAUGAACCAUUCUAUGUACCUGUCAAUAGGAAUUUUGACAUUGAGGAGUUUUAUUUAUUGGAAAUGUAUGCCUUGGUUAUCUGUA